AUGAGCGAAGAGUGGGUAUUAUAUCAAAAACGGAGACUUAGAAACCGUCUCAUAAGCCAAAAGGGAUGUGCCAAUGCGUCAGAAGAAAAUAACCAAAAAUUCAAAGCGGCAGAUAUAAAGGUGCCGCUAUUUAUAUCUAAUGUGGACAGAGAGGUCUCAGAGCAAGAUAUUAUUAAUUAUGUAUAUGGAAAAACAAAGGAAAAAGUUUCAUUAGAGAGAAUUAACAUGAAAAGGCAGAAGGAUUAUAAUGCAUAUAAAGUUUAUGUAACAAAGCAUAAAAUGGAUACUUUCUUAGACGAUAAACUGUGGCCCAUUGGCAUAACCUUUAGGCGUUUUGUGAAUUUUCACGAAAAACGGAAAAAUAUGGAAGUUGUAAAAACAGUAGAAAAUAAGAGA